AUGAAGAAAUCGAAGCUUUUGCAGAACUCGAAGGAUUUGCUCUCUAGGAGCUUCAAUCCUGCCAAAUGCAAGACGUCGCUGAGGCUGGGGAGUUCAAGGUUCAAGUUGUUGAGGAACAAGAAGGAGGUGCAGGUGAAGCAGAUGAGGCGGGAAAUAGCACAGUUGCUUGAGUCCGGACAGGAUCAGACGGCUCAAAUUCGGGUUGAGCAUGUGACUAGGGAAGAGAAGAUGAUGGCUGCAUAUGAUCUUCUUGAGAUCUACUGUGAACUCAUCAUUGCACGCCUUCCAAUAAUUGAGUCACAGAAGAAUUGUCCCAUUGACUUGAAGGAAGCAAUUGCAAGUUUAGUAUUUGCGGCACCAAGAUGUGGAGACGUGCCGGAACUUCUUGACGUGAGGAAGCAGUUUACAGCUAAAUAUGGGAAAGACUUCACCACUGCAGCCAUAGAACUUCGUCCACAAUGCGGUGUGGGUCGCAUGUUGGUUGAGAAAUUAUCUGCAACGGCUCCUGAUGGACAGACCAAAACAAAAAUCCUGACCACGAUAGCAGAAGAGCACAAUGUCAAAUGGGAGCCCAAGUCGUUUGGGGAGAAAGACCCUGGUCCUCUUGAUGACCGCCUGAGUGGACCAAGUUCCUUUGGAAAAUUGGGUGAACAGCUUCCUGAACCUCCAGCACAAGUCCUAGUGCGCCCAACCAACAAUCUAAUGCCUCAUAGUUCACCAUCGAAUUUUGGCCAGCAGGAGGAUAGAACCUCAGAAAAGCUCAGUUUUGCCCAAUCUUCUGGUUCCACCUCAUUGUACCAAUCUGAAUCAAGGCCUCCAGCACCAGGGGAUGAAGGAUCACGAAAAGAUAGCAAUAUGUACCCUCUGGAUGGACGCAGGUGGAACAUGGAAUUCAAGGAUGCCAAGUCAGCAGCACAGGCAGCUGCUGAGUCAGCAGAACGAGCUAGUAUGGCUGCUAGAGCUGCUGCAGAGCUUUCAAGCCACAGUCGUAUUAUGAGACAGUACUCUACAGAAUUGGACAAUUCUGAUGUUGAUACUUCAAAGUACGAAGAACCCCCGCAAUCAAAUUUUUCCUAUUCAUCCAGUGACAUAUCCUCUGCUGAACAUGCUACUAGGCUACAGAAUGUGCAGCAAACAGAUGGGGUUAAGGUCAAUGAUCUUAAGACAGCUACAACAUUCAAAGAGGAUGGUGCUGGUAGUUCACAGCAACAUAUUCAAUCAUUUUCUUCAAAUCCUAAAGGUUCAGGAGGCAAGUAUUCCCAGAAGAACUCCUUGAAGGGGGUGUCUAAUGAUGGCACGAAGAUAGAGAAACCUUCUUUCAGUUAUGAGACAGAAACUGCAAACAACUGGCCAGAGAAAGCCGAGAAUUUUGAAGAAAAAAGGACCGAGAAACGACACAGUACAAAAUCUUCUCAUUCUCACUCUAGCAUUUCGGAAGAUGAUGUGAAUAUUUUUUCAAAUUCUGACUACAAAAAUGUUGAAAACGAUUCUAGUGAGAGUGCCCCGUUUGUGGGUGGAGAAGCCCCUAAGGCGAACACCCAUGAAACCGCUGCUUUGUUCUUCGACAAGUAUGAUUCGGAUACCGAUGACGGAAGGUUUGACUUGGGCCCCACAUAUGAUGAGCCGGAGGAAUUAGACUUUCACUUGCCGUCCAGAGGCAGGAAAUUGUCGGAUAGGGUGCCUGCAAUCGCAGAUUCUUGGAGUCCUGCUGUUGAUAGCUCGAGCAAAAUAGUGAACUCUACGUCGUCGUUAUUUUUCACUGGAGAAAAAUUGUCCCCCGAUAUUUCUGAGAGCACGGAAUUGAGAAAUGACCUGGGGCUUGAUUCUACGCAUGUUAUUUUUGAUGAGUCCGAUGGGCCAAUUUCCAAUAGCGAUGAUGAUACGAAGAACACUGGGCACCGUACUGUGUAUGAUUAUGCAGAUAUGCAUAAACAGAAUGAAGGGGGGACUGUUAAAUCAUCAUUUGAGCACAGAGAUAGCUCACUGUUCAGUAGCAACGAUCUGCCGCUCUCCUCAGAUGAUGAAUUGAGCCCAUCCAUGGACAUACGCCGGAAAAACAGAGGUCAGGAUAGUGUAUCUGAUGAAGAUUCUUCACUAAAGCUCCGAUUUAUCAAGCCUGACGCUAAUCAGUCUGCAUCGGUACCAAAACAAUCUUGGACAGAGUCCAAUGAAAUUGACGAUGACUCCAAUUCAGAAAGAGUAGAGAGGUUGAACUUUGGAAACCUGACCGGCGGCUUUCGCCAUAAAGGUCAUCGCAACCAACUGUCUUUCAUCAAGAAUCGACUGAAUGUGCCGUCAUCUGACAGGAAAAAGUCUCAGAAUAUUUCCAGCUCCGCUGAGGAGCCUGAGAUAGGCACAACAUUAGAUCAAAAUAAAAUCUCAACGCAGGUUUUUCACUCAGAUCCUGAUGAUGAUACUUCUGAGGAAGAGUUGCCGCAAAGGAGUUCUCGUGACAAAAAGGAGGUGAAGGAAGUUAAGACAAAGCCAAACCUGUUUUUCGGUUCAGACAACAGCGAUUUGGAUGAUUAUGUUCCAAAGGAGUCCCUUACUGGGAAAAGUCAUGUACGAAGUGGGAUAUCUCGAAGAACAAAAGCUUCACCUUCUACUCCCAAGACAGAUUCUCACAAGCAACCUAAGCCUACAUCCACUAAGUCGAGUUUCCAGGGACCUUCUGAGCAUCCCAGCCGAUCAAAAGCUUCUUCUGUGACUAAGCAGGAGCUUGAAGCUCAUGAUAUUGACUCUAGCCAUAGAAGAAAACCAGAAAACUCUUUCUCCCCUGAAAUUCGGCAAGAUUUCGAGACACAGAAGAAAUCUAGUCUGUCCGGAAACUCAGAUCAUACUACCUCGGUGAAAUUGGCUUCUAAACCUACAAAUUCGACUUUUUUGGGAACUUCGACAUCAAUGCAACAGUCCAAGUUCUCUCAGAAAUCGUCUAUAUUUGCAGAGCCGUCAGGCUACAAACCAAAGGAACAGGCACCAAUUGGUAGUGAAAAUACUUCUUCAGGUAAAGUCGACAGUCCCAAGAAAGCUAGUCAUGUUCAUCCCAAACUUCCCGACUAUGAUACUCUGUUUCAAUCACUUCGGAUAAAUCGCUCUUGA